AUGGGGAGAGGAAGACGAAGUGGGGAGCAAAGAAAUCAAGCAACAAGCAGUCACGAACUGAAGAAGAAGAGGAGAUCGAGAACGGGGAAGGGGAUUAACUUAAGGAACUCGUCGCAGCGGCCACGAACUGAAGAAGAAGGGGAGAUCGAGAACGGGAACUCGCUGCAGCCUGGAUCCACGUGGCAGGGGCGGAAACUCGUCGCUGGCGGCCAGCGAGUAGGGACGGAAGCUCGUCGCCAGCGCUGCGCCGCUACGUGGGGGAGGCGGAGGCGGAGGCGUGAGGCUGCGCGUGGGAGGGCGGACCGACGGAGGCUGGUCGCCGGUGGGCGUCGGACACGGGCGCUGCGCCGCUGCGUGGGGGAGGCGGAGGCGGCUGCGUGA